AUGUUUUCCAAAAAACGUAAAGUUGACAAUGAAAACAGAAAGUUUCUGGCUGAGUGGACCGAACAAUAUUGUUUUACACUUCCAGUAAGAGCUGGAGCCGUUCCAGUUUGUCUUAUAUGUAACAGUACAGUUGCUGUCGUUAAAUGUGCUAAUUUAAAGCGUCAUUAUGAUACAAUGCAUAAAGAUUUUGAAAAAAAAUUUCCUCUUAACAGUGCAGCGCGUAAAAAUAAGCUCCAAGCGUAUCUCUUGUCUUAUAAAAAUAGUACGACUAUGUUAGUACAAAGUAUGACUGGGCAAGAAAAGUCAGUAGAAGCAGCAUUGCGUGUUUGCUGGAUGUUAAAUAAACACCAAAAACCAUUUACAGACUCAGAAAUUGUAAAAGAGUCAAGAAGCAAUACAAGAAGAACAGAACUAUUGGCCGAUGACAACAAAAAUAAUUUAAUUCACAUUUUACAGAUGGCUCCUUGCUACGCUAUUGCAAUUGAUGAGUCAUGUGAUAUUGUUGAUUCUGAGCAAAUGUCAAUUUUUGUGCGCUUUUUAGACGUUGAAAGUAGAGUAUUUAGAGACGAGUUGCUAGCAUUAUUGCCAAUGAAAUGCAAGACUCGUUGA